GUUGGCUGUUCUGUUUCUCACCUCUUGAAUCUUGAUCUCGAUGCAGUCUUUUGCAUUGCUUGAAGCGGCAAUAUUUUGAGCUUCUCCUGAGAGUAAAACCAACGAAUUUAAAUUGAGAAAGCUUUAUUUAGGUGAAGGUCACCAUUUUACUUCUAACCGUUAUCAUGAAUUAGCGAAGCAUAUUAUUCGAUUUAAAGAUUGACGAUUUUCUCUUAUAUUCACAAUGGAGGCAAGCAGUAAUAAUACAAUGUAUGUGACCUAUGUUGAAAAGCAUGGAGCUUUCGUAAAGGUAUGGGGUCAGGUGGACAAACACUAUCCUAUUUCGAUUGAGAAUUGCUUAGGAGAAUUAAAGCCACAGUUUGACGAAGGGCACUACGCACUGGCAUCACCUGCUAGCAUUCAAAUUGGCCUGAUGUGCUGCGCGAAAUACAAAGAUGAAAUGUAUUAUCGAGCCAGAGUAACUAACGUCAGUUCGUUAUACCAGAACUUUGUGGAAGUCCACUUUGUCGACUAUGGGAACAAGGACAUUGUGCCGACCUCGGUUUUACGAAGCGGUGCAGAGUUGUCAAAUAUACUGGUGACGGUUCCUCCACAGGCCCACGAGUUCGUUUUGGCCAAUGUCACGCAUGUCGGUCACGCGUGGGAGGCACGUACAAUCGCGCUGAUCAGUGACGAGAUUCGGUAUAUGAACUUACAGUUUAUACCUGUCCAACAGAUUAACCCCUAUCUCACGUUGAUUAAGCUGUUUAAAAAUGGGGAAGACUACGCUCUUUCUUUGUUUAAUCGAGGGUACGUUUUGUGCAUGGCUAAUGUUUCUCAGACUAUGAUUUUGCAAAGUAUAAACUCGACUCCGCCACCUACGGUUAACCAAACACGUGUAGCUUUACCACCACCUCAAAUACCUCCAGGGAUACCAACACAAAUGCCUCAGGUGGCCGUUCCGGUCGCAGCACCCUCCCAACCGACCUUACCUGUGCAAAACACAACUACACUCCUAACAUUCAAAGGACAUACAAUUACCCCCGGAACGGACCACCAAGUAUACGUCUCCUAUGUUUCGGACGGACCCUGCCACUUUUCCGUGCAACUGCAGAGGCUAGAAGAAAACCUGGCGAAGCUAAUGCGCGAGCUGAAUCGAAUGGAGCUGCAACCUCUGGAAGAGCACCCCCUACCGGGCACGGUCUGUUUAGCCAAAUGUGUAGAAGACAACAAUAUUUGCCGAGCCGUCAUUACAAGUAUGUCGAAUAAUGAAGCCAAAGUUUUCUACGUGGAUUUCGGCAAUACUGAAGUAGUGGCAAACGAACGACUAUUCCAAAUACCCUUAAAAUUUGUGAUUAUGAAAGUGAUGUCGACACGCUACGCCUUGGCGGGCUUAGAAAACACUACCGUUACCUUGGAAAUGAAAUGUGCCUUUAAGGAAUUUGUUAGUGACAAACUGUUGAGAAUGCACAGUCUUCCUCCCCCAGCCAAGUUCGGCUUACCCCUCUGUCAUCUUUGGGAUGAGAAGCAAAACAAUGCCUUAGAUGUCAUGAGAAAAGUAGCCUUACUGGCCUACCCCGAAUCGACCACUCUCACUCGCGGAUUCUGCCAGGAAGUCAUUGUCAGCUACGUCUACAGCUGCAGCCAUUUCUAUGUGCAGCUAAAAUCGAAAGAGGAAGAUCUAAGAAGACUGAUGGAGGAAUUACAAGCCAUCGGCCCUCAAGCGCACCCAAUGAAACUCUCGGAGGCAAAAACUGGCCUGCCGUGUUUUGCACUCUUCGACACAGACGGUCAAUGGUACCGGGGCGAAAUUAUAAGCUUAGAAGGUGACAUAGUCAAAGUACGUUACGUCGAUUACGGUAACGAAGAACUAGUUAACAUCAUCAACCUGAGGAUACCGUCGGGAGAUAUGGUCACCGUUCUCAGACCCCAGGCUUUGGAGUGUUGCCUCAACGGUUACCAGAACAUGUCGGACGACGUUGAAAGAGACACCAUUUUGGAAGAGCUUAUUUUGGAGAAGGAAUUCUCGAUGAGAGUCAUCGAAAUGCACUCCAACCGGGCGCUGGUGGAUUUGAUUGAUAGCUCUCGUUACAAUGUUGGAUCUUUGCUGCUAGAGAAGCUCGCAUUGGCCCGGUCACAAGUUAGUCCCUUGCUGAUACAGGAUAGUUAUCAGAUCGAGCCGAGAAAACGUCAGAGUCCGAAUGAGAAGUAUGAGAGAAAAAAUUCACGGUAAGUACAUACACAACUUGGCAAAAAAUC